AUGGCGAAAUCGUACAUCGAAUGGUUGAAGAAUCGCAGGAAACAAAAAUUGACUUCAUCCGCUCUCAAAUCGAAGAUGCAGAAAUCUAUAAUCUCGGAAUUGUGGGAAAGAAUGUCGGAGAAGCAAGACAGAACUUUCGACGAGGAACUAGCGAAACGAGUGUUGGAUCAAUCAAGAUACGAGAAGCAAAUCAUGACGAAACUGUGCGAGAUACGCGAGCAAAAGAACAUCAUGGCCGAGAAUCAAAGGGUCGUGGAGGAUAUCAUUUUACACGCGACCGAGAUGGAGGAUCGCGCGAAACACUAUCGUUCUAUCGAUCUGGUCACUGCGAACGAGAAAGAUAUGAAAAUCGAGUGUCAAAGAAUGUGCGAGUUGCGUCAAAGAUUACACAAAAUGAAGAUAGAAAAAAUACGGAAGAAGCAUUGGUCACUUUGUCAAAAAGUGAUCGAUGAUUUGCUGAUCAUCGCGUUCAACAUAUGCGAACAUCGGCAAUUGAACAAUGGCCAGGUACCACUCACGCUUAUCAGCGAAUGGAGGCGCCUAUUUCUCAAAUCUGAGCCGAUCGUCGAGAAAAAGGUACCUUUCGAUCUAGAUACCUCGAAGCGCGAGUUGGAAACAUUCAUCAAAGCGGACGACUGGAGCAAACAUAUCAAGAUUGAAAUACUGCAAGAGACCCUCUUCGACGACUAUAUGGAAUUAAACGAGCCCUGGAAUUUUCUUUUGUCGGAUCUCGAUGAAAAAACGUACGAAAUUCUAAAACUUGGUCAUUUGGUGCUCGGAUACAUCGUGCAUCGACUUCUCGGUGGUCUUUACGCUCGACCCGCGGAUCCUUCUAAACGGUUGAAGAUCAAAAUGAGGAACAUCUCGAUCGUUCUCGGGAUGGAGGAUUCGAAGGCUUACGAGACCCUUUCGAUGUUGCUCGAACAAUCCAAUUUUCAAUUGGUGCGGAUGGACGACGCGAUCAAUCACUGUCUGCAACAGUACAAGAAAGAAAUGGCCGACUUCAAGUACAUCGAUUUGAAUAUAAUCUUGGCGACCACGCAAUUAAUCGAUGUGCAAAUGGAACCAUGCUCGAUGAAACAUGUUAAACGUUCGAGAUGGGCCGAUGAAGUGUCGAUAAUAACGCCGGAAGAAAAAAAUCCGAAGAAAACCGGCAAACAAGCGAAGGACAACAAAUUGCCUUCGAUCAAAAUUCACGAGGAAGAAGAAUUGAAUGCUAGGCACAAGCAGACGCAAACACCGAGGAACAUACCUUACGACGAUAUAGAUCCUAUAUUGACAGAUACUGCGCAUAUAGGUAAGUGGGCCUACGAGUUUCUAACGUUGGGCGAACCUAUCACGAACGAUCUUGGGACCAAAAUCAUAAUCGAGUAUUUAAAGAGUAAGAUGGAUGCGAAAGGCUGGGUUUUCAUCGAUUAUCCAAACUCGUAUGAUCAAAUGUCGUGGUUGGAGACGACAUUAGUAGGUACAAGUCCACCUCCUAACCCAAAAGAGCUCGAAAUCAAGGACAUUAACGUUGAAGACAUCGAGAUAAUAAAACCGAGAAUCAUUUUCGAGGACAAAUCUGAUCCAUACGUAAUGCAAAGACAUUCGAAAAUAUUACCAAGUUCAAUUUUGGAUCAAAUUUACGAAUAUAGAGACACGUUCGUAACGCUUUUCAUUCGAAUGAAGCAACAACCGAGGGACUUCGAGAAAGAUCAUCGAACGUACGAGAAGAUAGACGAGGAAACGUCACCUGUCGAUAGUUUUUACGCGUUUCACAAGAUCGCUCACGUCUUUCAUUACUCGAGCUUCGAUCUGCCCACUUUGAAGAAAUUGGCCAGGCUCAUACUCGGACAUCCGAGGAAGGUGUCCAAAGAAUUAUUCGGGGACGUUUUGGAGAUCUUGAAAAAAGAUCCAAAGCGUCUCCCGAUCACGAAGGAGGCCGUUGUUCGACGCCUCGUUACCGAUGAGGAGUUCGCAGAGCUCGAGCUUAUCAAAGACGUGGAGGAGGAAGAGGAGGAGGAGGAGGAGGAGGAGAUGAAGCACGAGAUCGUGUCCGAGGAAUUUCAACUGGAAUUCGAUUUGAAGCCACCGAAACCUGGCGAACCGAACUGGCAAUGGGUCAAUUUUCCCCUUCCCUCGGUGCUGUUGCAGAACAUGGCCAAACUGUGGGAGAUCUUGGAGGACAUCUAUAUGGAGGAAGUGAAGGAGUUACUGUACCUCAAGAGCGUUCACUCGUCGAACAUUAUUCCGUACACGAGUUUUCUGCAUAAAAACGCGAUGGAAUUUAUAAAACGACCGGAUCACAAGCAGGACAUGAUAUACGAGUUUCAACAAGCGUUCAACUCGAUCGAUAUGGAUGCGCGGAAAGAGGUGGACGUGAAAUGCGAGCUGCAUCGUCGCGUGGCCGAUUUCCAGGCCGACCUCUGGGAAAUUUGCGACGAUAGGAGACACGUCGCCGAAGAGGAACGGAAGCGAUACGUGAGCUUCGAGUGGGCUAUACAAGAGGCGGUGAUCCUCUACGACAUUUUCAUCGGUCUCAUUCAAACCGAGAUAGACCGGUGCAUCGACACCCAACACCUGCUGCAAGAUUACUACAUAGGGAUGUUGAAGAAACCGUUGCGAGAGUUGGGCGUCUCGAAGGUCAUCCUUAACAAGAUCGACGUGGGGACGAGAGAAUUUGACGAGGAGGAAAACGAAGAGGAAUCGCCGAUCUACGAGGAGAACUUGACCGAUCGAAAGAAAAAGGAACGAUCGAAAUUCAAACCUGAAUCGCAGGGGCAGAACAACCCAUCUCCAAUCGCCAUCUGUCGGUUCGACAUCCAAAAGGAGAUCAACCAAGUGUUGCUUGACAGGAACAAAAUGAUCGUGAACGUCGAGGACACCUGUAUGUUUAAGGGGCUGAUGAAGAAUAUCGUUUACGUGAGGGAGAUCCUGGACACGUUGCAUAUGACGGUCCAGGAGACGAUUAAAAGGGAACAAACGGCGUUCAAGGGGAAAGAUUUAUUUUUUAGCGAUUCUGUGGAGUCGAUAAGUAAUACGGAGAAAGUAACGUCGAGGAUACAGGAUUUGUUCUUGGAAUGGCGAUACGUGAGUGAUUACGAGAUCAUAAGAGUUCGGCAGAAACUCGAGUCGAUAAAGAACGUGGCACGGUUGGAUUUCGAUUUUCUGAUAAACACGAUGCAGAGGACGUUUCAUGGGAUUUAUGAUGCUAUCAUAGACAGGUAUUGGCAAGAGAUGAAGAGCGUGAACGAAAUGAUAAACGUGUUCUGUUUCGCGAUCGAGGAGGGUAAAAUGCUCGAGAAGGAGAUAGAAUUGAGGGGCGACAAGUUCAUAAUCAAAUCGAACGUGUACGUGGUGAAAGUGAGGCCUGAAAAGCCGAAAAAACUGAAAGAGCAUCCGACUAUGCGAUUCCGUAUAACCAAGCUCAGCCGGUUGAUGGACAUGUUCAAGCGAGUGGCUCCGAUCGGGAUCAUGUGCGAGCGCACCCUCGUUUACAUUCUUCAAGACAUGGUCUGUCACAAGGAGGGCGAACCAAUGAUGCUUCCAUGCAGAUGGUAUGAUCUUUAUCCGGAAGAUAUCUCCAAUUUGAUCCACAAAAUCUUCAAAUCCGUGAAUUACAUCGAUUGGCGAGAAUUCCUUAUUUACGCGAUGGAUAUCCCGUAUCCGACUUGCCGGGAAAUCUUGAUCACGAGGGAUCGUUUGCGGAUUCAGGAUUACGAAUUGAAAGAAGUCGUGACUUUAGCUCAGUACCAGAGGACGUCGUUCUGGUUUUUCGAGAGCACGGAGAACUUGAUCAAUUUGACCCAUCUUCGAGAGGAGAUUGAUAAAAUGGACAUGUACGAGGAGGAAUAUUAUCACUUCGGCGUUGAUAAAAUUUCUAUACUUUCGAAAGGCAUACAGAGGGCAUACAUUAUGCCGCAUACACUGAAGGCGUCGUGUCUGGAUCCCGAGAUGGCGCUCAGGCGAAUAUUGGCCAAAGACUUGCUCGGUCAAAUGUACAUGAUCGAUUGUGAGUUGAUUAAUUACACGGCGCUGCUGUUGGCUUUUUGCAAGGACAAGAAUCCACGGAAUGGGUUCGCCAUGGCGCUCGCUCUCGCCAUAGGGAAUCCUGUGUGCACCGAUAUGGAAGAGGGAGAGAAAUACGUGAAGGAACUUUUACAGCAGAAACAAUUGGCCCAUGAUCUGGGCACUACUCUUCUUAAGAUUGAAGAGGCUGUCAAGGUAGCAAAACUGCUAAUCAAUUAUAUCCUAAAUAAAGUCGAAAAGAUAAUCGAACGGAGAGAUUUGUAUUGCGACGAAGAAAGUCCUCCAUCCUUUAAAUAUUUCGAUGAACCCGUCGAUCCUGAGGGCGAGGAAAUAGAGGCAUUUGAGGAUAAUGAGAUAGAAAACGAGAUAGAGACCCCGCCAGAACUCUCGGAACUGAUCAUUUAUUGGAUCUCUCUCGACCUUUGUCUCACAGUACUGGCUGCAGCUUUGCCAUGGUAUCUACUGCUACAACCAGAAUUUAUCAGCCCAUAUCCAUCAAUACAUGAAAAAUUAGCUAGCGUAUUUGAAGAAUUAAGAGACAAGGAGCUUAAUCACGAGAAGAAUAUCGUUUUGGCGCAUCGGUUUUUAAAUCAUGAAUUCAUAAAUCGAUUGUUAGCCAAUGUUUCCAAAUUCACCAUUAAGGAUAUGAAAAGCAUUGUUGAGGAAGUUAUUCAAGAAAGGGAAAAUGCAAAAAUUCAACAAAAUGCGAAAUCUUCGUAAAAAAAAAA